CUGAGAGCGGGAUUACCUGGGCAAAAGAAACUGUUACAGGCCUCUGUGCGGUCGAUGCUAGAGGUUGGCCGGCGUUUAACAGCAGCCAAGAAAGGGAGUGUUGAUUCAUUAGGAGCUGAGGUCUCUUCUAGUAUAGAAGGAUUUUGACAAGCAAGUGAAAGUUACAAACCUUCUUGAGAAGAAGGAGGGUUUACAGCUGGGAGAGCUGCUAAGUCUUUGUGAAUUAUGAUACGGAUGCUGGAGUUGCGUGAAAACGGGUUUUGAGCAGAUAUACCUUGGACUUAGACUGCUGACCAUUUGAGACUGUUUCGGGAUUGUAUGAACCUUUGGAGGUUUUGAACUCUGUGUGAAGUUCAUAAUAAUAUUUCAUAAUACCAAAACACUUCAAGGCAGAGGUGUACGUAGCUGAAACAUGAUAAAACAUUUUCGGAAGAACUCUUCUAGAAGCAACACAAUGGAGACUAAAUAUUGGUGUCUUUUGAUUUUACUGUUGACAGUCAUAGAGAGUGUCUGCUCUCUUGGAACCAUCGAGAUCAGAGUGGAGAGACUUGAGGUUUCGGCUGGGUACGACUGCACACAAUGCCAGCUGAUGAUUCGCGUGUGCGUGUUCGAGAGGGGGCGGCCACAGUGUGAGGACUUCCAGGAAAGUCAAGUACUAGGAAACGGUCCUGUUUUAAGAAGAUCAGGGUCCUUAUUCAUUACAGAGGAAAAUACGCUCGGGGAUCUAAUGCUGAGAGUUCAGGUUGUGGACAAUGUUGGAUCGAGCAAGAUACUGAUUGGGGACUUCACGAUGGACAUGACAAGUCUGAAUGUUGCUGGCAGCGUGUAUACUUCAUCAGGCUUCGAGCAGCUUGUGUCUGUCCCCGCAGGGAGAAACACUGCCCAGAUGGACCUCUCCAUAGUCGCCAGGAUAUACUGCCAGGACAGCUACUACGGCGUCAACUGCAACACAUUCUGCCGCGACACCGACGCCUACACCUGUGACGCAUUUGGCUCGAAAAACUGCACCAUUGAAUACACUGGGGAGAACUGUGAUAUCGUGAGCCCGUGCAGAAUGUAUCCGUGUCUCAAUGGGGGAUCCUGCAGUCCGAUCCGGACCCAAAGCGGAUAUUCUUACCGAUGUGAAUGUGACCAACACUACACCGGAGACGACUGCAGCCGGGGACGUGAUGACUGCGCCAGUAACCCCUGUCGUAACAAUGGCACCUGCAGUGACGGCAUCGGCAGCUUCGUGUGCAUAUGCGCUCCAGGAAUCACCGGAGAGAGAUGUGAAGAAGAUAUAAAUGAAUGUGAAGAGUUAUCUCCCUGUCGAAAUGGUGCCACGUGUUUGAACACCCUCGGGAGUUAUGUCUGUCAGUGUCCAAGAGAAUUCACCGGCAAAGAUUGCCAGACAAAAAUCACAAAUCCCUGUUCACCAUAUCCAUGUGUAAAUGGCGGCGUGUGCUACUCGAAUGACGAAAAGUUCAUCUGCAACUGCCCGAGAGGAUUCAUUGGCGACAUAUGUGACCAGAUAGACCGAUGCACGUCAAGUCCGUGCCUGAACAACGGACAAUGCACCAACGUAGGCAACACAUUCACAUGUGCAUGUGAACCUGGCUACUCUGGAACAACGUGCAACAGUUACGACCCGUGUUACAACAGUCCCUGUGAGAAUGGCGUCUGCAGCAGGAACGGCAAUAACUACGCCUGUAGAUGCCAACAGGGAUACGUUGGUAGGAACUGUGACGUCGUGGACACAUGUGGCUCCUCACCUUGUCUUAAUGAAGGGUCCUGCGUCCCAUCCCCCACAACCGCUAGAGGAUAUCGCUGUAUUUGUCCCCAAGGUUUCACCGGAAUUAGUUGUGAGAACUUCCAGCCAUGCCUGAGUAACCCGUGUUUUAAUGGAGGAGUGUGCACCGCCAGUGGACGAGGAUUCGCUUGUCAAUGCCCAAUAGAUUACACAGGCGCUACCUGCACAGACCGACGCGAUCUUUGCGCUCCGAACCCGUGUCAGAAUCGUGGAGCGUGCUUCUCAAACGGGGACAGAUUCAUCUGUAGUUGCCAGUCUGGUUUCACGGGUGAGAGAUGCGCGCAGACAGAUCGAUGUAGCUCUAACCCUUGUCAAAACAACGCAAAUUGCAUCACCAUUGGUAAUUCCUUCUCAUGUGAGUGUCGCCCUGGUUAUUCUGGUCGCACAUGCAGCGAUUUUAACCCCUGCUUCGUCAACCCCUGUCAAAACAAUGGUAUCUGUCGAGCAAGCGGGAGCUCCUAUACAUGUGAAUGUCAGCAAGGAUUCACUGGAAAAAAUUGCACAGUCAUCAACACGUGUGAAACAUCUCCAUGUAGAAACGGAGGAACCUGCUCGCCCAAUGGACUUACUUAUCGCUGUAACUGUGCUUCUGGAUAUACUGGCUUCAACUGUGAAACGUACCAGCCCUGCGAGUCUAACCCGUGUCAAAAUAGUGGAACAUGUUUCUCGAACCCAAGCAUCAACUCCUACUCAUGCCAAUGCACGAGCGGUUUCAGGGGAAGCAACUGCGAAGAGACGAAUUAUUGUGCCUCAACACCCUGUCGUAACAAUGGCCUGUGUGUUAACACCAGAAACACCUUCAACUGCACAUGUCCCAAUGGAUUCAGUGGUAGAACCUGUAGCAUUCGCAAUCCUUGUAACUCAAACCCAUGUCUAAACGGCGGUUUCUGUGAUGCAAAUGGUCAAACCUACAGAUGCAUAUGUACUAAUACGUAUAUAGGAAACAGAUGCGCUUCAAGAAACCCAUGUGCUUCUAAUCCCUGUUUGAAUGGAAGGUGCUUGGCUACAAAUGAAUCCAGCUACACGUGUGCCUGCACUGAAGGUUACUCCGGUCCCCAAUGCCAGACGUUUUCAAUCUGUUCACGACAGCCAUGUAGAAACGGCGGAACAUGCACAGGAACUGGCAUAUCUUACACCUGCAGAUGUCCACGUGGAUAUACAGGGAACAACUGUGAACGACAAGAUCCAUGCUCCUCAAAUCCGUGCGACAAUGGUGCGACAUGCGUAUCAGCAGGGGCGUCUUUCUUCUGUGAAUGCCGCCAAGGUUAUGGUGGAAAGAGCUGUGAGUUUGGACCCUGCUCGCCGCGAAACGGCGUGGCCUGCUUCAACGGUGGAAUAUGCUUACAGGAAGGGUCUUCCUAUACGUGUGAAUGUCCUGUUGGUUUCACUGGUCCAACAUGUCAAAUCGCAACCAGCUGCCGACCCGGGCUGUGCCAGAACGGCGGAGUGUGUUUCUCCUUCUCGCCAACAACAUUCAACUGUAGCUGUCCAAGCAACUACACGGGACAAUACUGUGAGAAUCAUGUGUGCGCUUCCUUCCCAUGCGCGAACAGCGGGUUCUGCUUUCCCGACCCAAGCAAUGCAAGGGGGUUUGAUUGCAGCUGUUUGGCUGGUUAUACAGGGGAGCUUUGUGAGGUUGAGGUGCGACAGAACUGUGGAUCUAACCCAUGCCAAAAUGGUGGACAAUGUGUUACGCGGGACUUCGUCUCGGGUUAUUCGUGCGUAUGUCUAGACGGGUUUACUGGACCGAACUGCGAACGAGAAGCGAAUGCCUGUACUAGCCAGCCAUGCUUAAACAGAGGACGAUGCGUAUUUGAUGCAUCCUACAUUGAACAGUACAGAUGCAACUGUCCAGUAGGAUUCGGAGGUAAGAACUGCCAAAACUCCGAAGCAACCUCGUGUCAGGAGAACCCUUGCAGAAACGGAGGAACCUGCAGAUUCGAUGCUUCUAACAACAUUGGCUACAAAUGUACUUGCAGAGAUGGGUAUGAAGGUGCAAACUGCGAAACCCUAUUGGACCCUUGUUUCACCAACCCAUGUCAAAAUGGCGGCAUCUGUAAUCGCGACCCUUUCCAAACGUCUGGCUACACCUGUGGUUGUUUAGCAGGAUUCGCAGGAACCAACUGUCAAACCCCGAUCGACGUCUGUGCAUCAAAUCCUUGUGUAAACAAUGGAAGAUGUGUUUCAUCGGGUGCUAUAUACCGAUGUCAGUGCACAACAGGUUUCGGAGGCAUUAAUUGUCGAACCCGCACCAACUUCUGUGCCCCGAAUCCUUGCAGAAACGGCGCUAGCUGUUCCCCAUUAGGUUCCACUGGCUAUAUAUGUCGUUGCACAGCAGGAUUUGGGGGUGUCAACUGCCAAACCCGCACCAACUUCUGCGAACCGAACCCAUGUAGAAACAACGGAAACUGUGUCUCAUCAGGAUCUGGAUACUCAUGUCGCUGUUCUGCCGGAUACGGUGGAGUCAACUGUGAGACCAUCACUGGCGCCUGUUCAUCCAGCCCGUGUAGUAAUGGCGGAAGCUGUAUUCAGUCGGGAACAGGUUAUUCCUGUCGAUGCAGUCCUAGAUACGGAGGCACCAACUGCCAAUCUCUCACCAGUACAUGCAACCCAAAUCCCUGUCAGAACGGCAACUGCGAGUUUGACGUCACACAGUCUCGCGGGUACAGGUGUCGAUGUAAUGCUGGGUAUCUUGGGAGAAACUGUGAAACCAGAUCCAACCCUUGUUCAAACAAUCCCUGUCAGAACGGAGGCAGGUGCUCGCCGGAUCAGCGUAGUCUGAAUGGCUACGCGUGUCAGUGUAACAGCGGCUUCGGAGGGCAAAACUGUCAGACCCCUGUUGGACCAUGUUCUGGCAACCCUUGCGAAAAUAACGGCAUCUGUCUCCCUCGCUCAAACACUCAAUACACCUGUGCAUGCCCAACUGGCUUUGUGGGUCCUAGGUGUGAAAUAGAUAGUAGUGAGAACAAUGUUUGCAGUACUGUUACUUGUCAAAAUGGGGGAACCUGUGAAAUAGACCCAAGCGACUCUAGUAGAUUCAGAUGUGUCUGCCCGAGGGAGUACAGCGGUAUAUAUUGCCAGACAUCAAGCGGUGAAUCCUGCCAGAAUAACCCGUGUGAAAAUGGCGGACAGUGUUCCUCCCUCUCGUUUGGGGGUUACAUCUGCACCUGCGCUAGAGGAUUUGCUGGAAUUAACUGUCAGUACAUGACGUCCCCUGCGUGCAGCCCCCAGCCGUGUCUAAAUGGUGGAAGCUGUACCCCGUCGCCAGAGUCCCCCUUUAACUUCACCUGUUCCUGCCCCUUGGGAUAUGGUGGUCAGUACUGCCAACUCCCUGUGAGCACUGAAGGUCCCUGUAAGUCGUCCCCCUGCCGCAACCUGGGUACAUGUGUCCCCAUUGACAGCGUCGCCUUCCGUUGUGAAUGCUUGAAUGGAUACACGGGAGAUAGCUGCCAGAUCAGGAACUUUAACUGCAGCGCCAGCCGGUGUCCAAAUGGCGUGUGCUACCUGACCCAGUUUGGAGACGUCGACUGCAUGUGCCCACCGCUGACCAAGGGUCAACGAUGUGAACACGUCGACUUCGAGUGCCCGCGCGGUGCGGGGGGCGAGUAUCCGCACCCAUGGGACUGCACCUUGUGGAUUCAUUGUGACUGGGGACGUGCAUGGGUCAAGGACUGUCCAGCUGACCUUCACUUCAACAAGAUCACUCACACGUGUGACUACUGGGAUCGUGCAGGCUGUUCCGUUACGCCAAGCAGAUACUGGUUCUUCUAGCCGACACCAGUCAGGACCAGUUCUCAAGGAUACAAGCAGAUACUGGUUCUUCUAGCCGACACUAGGCACAACCAGUUCUCAAAGAUACAUCAUGCAAUCUUUCAUGUUCAAACUAUGUUUCAUGGUAUUCUUCGGAAAUGAGACCUGCUAAAUAACGUCAAUUUUUUUAAGCAUACGUUUGUGAUAAAUGCGUUUCAUGAAAGUAUGCAGCGAUUUCAAGUAAAAAGUUCAAAAUAUGAUUCAUUUUGAAAGAUUGAUGAAGCUUCAUGACACUUACAGUGGUACAUAUAACUGGAAUACUGAUUAUUUCCUCCAGCUUCUUUCAUACGGGGUACGAGGCUAUGUGUUAAGUAGCAAAUAGUUCGGCCAUAUUUUGUCUUAUCCUCUAAAACUGCAUAUACCAUAGAAAGCAUCAUUACAGAGUUGACAUAUCUAGAAAUGGUCAGUAUUUCAUUAAUAUGUAGCAAGAUCGGCGACGGUUUCACAACUUGUUAUUGUCUUUCAUAUCUUUGCAUUCCUGUGUAUUGUGUAAGUAAAGGAACUUCGGAGCGGUUCUAGUCCAUUAUUCCUGGUGAUAAUAUUUUUUCUACUUUUAUAUGACUUAAAUAUUCACAUAUAUGCUUGAUAUAUAAGUUGCCACUUUCAUUUUAUACCUAUAGGUACUCUGAUAUUUCAUAAACUCUUGAAAUUGCUUACGACUGAGAAAGAUUACCAUUUCGAAUGAAUUUAAAAUUAGUUUUCUUAAACAUUUUUUUUGUAAAUAAUCGCUUGUUACACGUCAUAUCCUCAGUACUUGUAUCAUACCUUGCAUAAUCAGUGUAAAACUCUCAUUGCAUAGCACUAAUAUUAUUGUACCUGAAGUUGUGUGUCACGUGUGUCUAAUUGUGUUCAAUUUCAAUGUUCUAAUGUAUGUGGUUCAUAAAUGUUCACGUGUAAUCAAUAUAAGGAGUCAAUUCAGUGUCGGGAGAAAAACACAAGCCAAAGCGUUCACUCGUCAUGCCUUUGGUUCGGGUUCGAGCCCCUAUAGAGGUCGUUUUGGGUGGAACGAGUGUUUGAUGCAUUCAGUUGCCUAGCAACCCCAAACAAACCCACACCUUUAACUCAAAACUAUGGAUAGCUAAAAAAAUAAUGUUUUGAGGGCGCGGUUGGGUAGCCUUGUGGUCAACGCGUUCGCUCGUCGCCCGGGUUUGAUUCCUUUAUAAUAUGGGAAAGUCCAUUCGUAGUCUCACGUGCUAAUAUGGCCGAAAUACUACCAGCAGUAUGGUAAAUCCUAACCCCAGACACCCAUAUCCUCAUUCACGCCAUUAUAACUACCCAACUAUAAAUCUAGCUUUCUGUCUGUUGCUUAAAUGCUAUCCACCAACAGAUUACCUAACUGUCUGUCCCUUUCUCCCCGCCACAUCCAAAGUUCCUUAAAUUGUGUCUGGUCUCUAAGGAAUGACAAUUGUUGUUUCGGUUACACGUAUUAUUAUGUCUGGUUAUUAAUUGAAAUGUGUUAAAAUUAUAUGUAUUGUGUCCUACAGUGUCUGUUCAAAUGAAAUGUAAAUAAACUGAAUUUCAAUACAAGAUCUUUAAAAUGAAAAUAUUGUCAAACAGUGUUUGUAUCAUAUGGUUCCAAAUGUAAAUGUUAUGUUAAUAAAAGGUUUAUACU